UGUAGGUUGUGGUAGAUGCCGGGUUGUCGGGUGUACAUCUAAUUCUCGGGAUAUAUAUAUCACAUCCACAAGAUGAUGAUUCGUUCAAGUUUUGCUGCUGUGCUGUUAUUUCUCGCUUUUAUUAAUCACCAGUGUGAACAAACGGUGGGGAGCGGACUUCCAGGCUGCCCUAGGAACAUAACGCCGUCCGGUCCGCAGUCAGCGAAUACACCUCCACUACAGCGCUUCCAGACCUACUUAUUGCUUCUGCUGGGUUUCUGCGGAUUCUCUCUACUCCUCGCUCUACUGUACAAUGCCAUAAGGAAGCAUAUUUUCAAGGAUUUUCAAAACCUGGACAGCACAUUUGACGCUGGUGGCCGCGUGACCCUGAGCUUGACGGCUACAACUGUGGCUACACAGCUCCUCUGGCCAGCCGACCUCUUACAGAGUGCAACAGUCGCUACUAAGAAUGGACUGGCGGGGCCUCUUUGGUAUUCUGUGGGGGUUGUGAUCAACGUGUUGCUUUUUCCUUUGCUGUCAGUGGAGGUGAAGACAAAGGCUCCAGGGGCUAAGACCUACCUACAGAUCAUUCAAGCCCGAUUUGGCUCUGUCCCUCACAUCACUUACACGAUUUUCGCGCUGGUGACAAACGUGGUCAUAACGUCAUGUCUGGUCCUAGCCGCCAGGGCCACCAUUCGUUCCUUGACCGCCGACGCUUCGGACGAGAUGGUCGUCAUCAUUCUAGCCAUCAUGUUCGGAUCCUACUCCUUCGUCGGCGGGCUCGGCACGACCUUCUAUGUAUCCUACUUCAAUGCGUCCUUGAUAUUCGUUAUGUUAAUGAUUUUAAUCCUGAACGUUUUCUACCUGGAUAACGACUACGGCGGGGCUUUGGGUUCUAUUCAUAAAAUGUACACCGCCCUCAACUGCACGGUGGGACCGGAAGGCAAUGAAGGGAGAAGUUUCUUGACGUUUCGUUCGGAAGGUUCUCUCAUAUUCGGGGUCAUUGGAAUCUUUCUGGCAUCCUCAGUGACGUUUUGCGACCAGGCGUCUUGGCAGAGUAGAAUCGCAGCCAAACCAACACAAGGGGUCCUAGGGUUUUUGAUAGCCGCCUUCAUCUGGUAUGCAAUUCCAUCCACGCUGGCGACCACUACUGGAAUGGCCUACAUAGCCUACAGCUCCGAGCAAGGGUCUUACUUCCUCCCUGAGUCUGAACUUAACGAAGGGUUCGUCACACCGUUUAUUACGUCACGGCUACUGGGUGAAACCGGUGCCUUUAUGGUUUUGUCCAUGGUCUCCAUGGCGCUCAUGUCUACGGGGUCAGGAGAGGUCAUGGCAGUAUCGUCAAUUCUCGUGUACGAUAUCUUCCAGAAAUACAUCAGACCAUACAGGCGCAAUUUGCCGCCUGGGCACUGUAUACUGUGUGGAAAGUCGAACAAAGGAAAUUACCAAACAGGAUAUCAGUCCGACAUGGAUGAUGGCAAAGACCAGUCCUGCUCCUGCGUCCGUGUAGACCAUUGUGAGGCAUGUAAGACAGACCUGUCUGACACACGGCUUUACGGCAAGGCGUACCAAUGUCCGACCCACGGGAGAUACCGGCACUACCAGGACACGCUGAUCCGCUACAAGGACUGGUGUAUCGUCUGGGUAUCUUUACUCAUCGUCCCCUUCGGCUUGUUAGUCUUUACCUCGGGCAUUGACCUGAACUGGGCCUUCACCGCAGGCUGUGUGAUCACUAUUGGGUUCUGUCCGGCCGUCUUCCUUUGCAUCAUCUGGGUCAAAACAACUGGCAUUGCAAUAACAAUAGGCGGAAUAGUCGGUUUAAUAUCUGGUAUCGCCGUCACUCUUGGAUUGGCGACAACCUAUGAUGGCGGGUUAUCCGACUUCCUGACAAACACAGGUCAGGACUACAGCGUAUUGGGAGGCUGUUGUACUAGCUUCGGCGUCAGCCUCAUCCUUAUUAUCAUCGUCUCACUGUGCACUCACAAGAUCAAACAGGAUGAGGAUGCUGACGACGAAUGGAUGAAAACCGUCGCCAUACGCAAUCCGCUGCAACCAUGGGAAUUGACAUUCAUCGAGGACUUCCCCAAAGUAAGAGACGGCUACAUACCAGAUCAUAAGGACAUGGGCAAACGGUUCAGAUCAGCUAAGAUUAUCGCACUCGUCGGCAGUUUGUCCGGGAUAAUUGUGUUGAUGUUCAUCUUACCUGGUAUCAUGUCAAGUCUGUACGUAAUGACAGAGUCGCAGUUCACGCACUGGGUGCGUUUCUGUCACGUGUGGACAUUCAUAGCGGCUGCGUUCGUCAUUUUCGCACCUCCUAUUCAGGAGAUUGUCAGCAUCAGCAGGCAGUACAGACGACUGAAUAGACUUUCUCAGGAAGCAUCUUCAACCGAGAUUUCAACGUCAGAUUCUUACGCGAGAUACGAUACAACUGGGCUAUAGGGUGAUAUUCAUGUUGCGUACUUAAUGGACAUUAAAUGCUCCAUUAGAAUUAUUUUUGCCUACUUUCAUUGUAACACAGUUACGUUGAAUCAGCUUACAGUUCUAAAAUUUUGUAGUUUAUGUGGAAACUUGACCGAAGUAAACAGGGUGACUAAAUGAUAGCCACCCAUAACAUUACUAAUGAAAUCGUAACUAACAAAUCUGUAACUUUGGUUUAUCACAUUCUGCUGAAUACGAAUAUAGCGAAAAUUAGCCCUGGUGACUAUCACUUCACGUUUUAAUAUUUUUUUGGCGCUCGCAUAGCCAUGGCUGGGCCCCAUUCACCCCUGAAUCGCCCCUGAAAUGCGAAACUUUCGGAAAACAGUUGAUUAUACCAAAACC